CGAAAGAUUUGUCCUGUACAACGCACGCGAACUCUUCUUACCGCGACAAAUUUGUGGAAAAAAACUCUAGAUUAGGAAUACGUACGCUUGCUGCUAUCAUCAUGUGUAUAUACUUGGAAUGCUGGCGGGUGAAGACCAAAGGUGUAUGGAAAACCUUGCCGAGAAACUUGCAACUAGUGACGACAAUCUUGGCAGUAGUGCUACAACUGUUAGGAGGGGCAUCAGCUCAAGACUGCCCGGAUGGAUACACAUACGGAGACCCGUAUUGUUACAAAGUAGUUAUCGCCUCCGUCAACUUCUAUGACGCCCAAGCCGCCUGCGCCCUGGACGGAGGAAGAUUGGCGGAUCCAAAAAGCUUAGACGAGCAUAACGACAUUAUAGCGGUGUUAACGACGGCAGGGUCACCGGCUUCAGCAAUGAUAGGCAUAAACGACUUCGUCACAGAAGGGACCGUCCUGUACAUGGAUGGCUCUGCCAUAGGGGCUUUCCAGACGUGGUCGGGAGUAGCUAAUAAAGGUUCAAAAGAUUGUGUACAAAUGGAUGGAACUAGGGAUUACAAUUGGACACCAUAUUUCUGUGACCCUGCUGCAUUGGAUCCGGCAAAGGACCUACUAGUAUCAUACGUUUGUCAAAUAGACCCUGCUACAUGGCCAAGCGAAAUAAGUUGUCCCACUGGAUUUCGGGGUACAACAGACACAAAUUGCUACAAGCUCAUCGCAACAAAAAUGUCAGCUUUGGAGGCAAGGGCUGCUUGUACGAGUGAGUCUGGAGUAGACGUCGCCAUGCCAAAGACCCAGCAACAACACGACAUGCUGAAAACCAUAGUCCGAGGCUACAUAUCACCAUGCAUCGGCGUCAACGAUUUCGAGCUAGAAGGAAACUAUGAAUAUGUCGACCAUAGUCUUUUAGGUACUUUUACUCCAUGGGGAUCAGUAACCAAUACUGACGCCCUUGAUUGUGUUGUCAUGGAUGUUGAAGAAGAUUACCUGUGGAAUCCAAUAGAGUGCACAGCUACGAAGUUUGCCGUUUGCGAAACAGACCCCGACGAGUGUCUGAGUUCUCCUUGCGAUGCAAACGCGAUCUGCACAAACACCAUCGGAUCUUUCAUCUGCGCAUGUCAGACUGGUUUCUAUGGUGACGGCUUCACCUGCGAGGAAAUGUGCAAUACCGGCUACACUUUUCACGGUGGGUACUGCUACACGGUAUCGCCAACAUCUAGUAAUGCCGUACACGCACUGGGGUACUGUACAACCCUGGGUGCGAUUGCAGCCGAACCGAAGAGCCAGGAUGAGCACGACGGCAUCAAAGCUUUGCUGACUGAGUCCACCUGGAUUGGAAUAGAGGACAUCGAUAAUGACGGAACGUUUGUAUACGCUAGUGACUCCUCGGCAUUAGUUUUUGCGUCAUUGGCUGCGUCACCAGGAAGUGGACAAUGUGCCAUGAUGGACAGCACUCAAGAUUAUGACUGGGUGAAGACGUCAUGUCUGGAUUCAGGUCCAGUUGUUUGUCAGCAAGACGUUGACGAAUGUCUGUCUUCUCCGUGCGAUGUAAACGCCGACUGCACAAACACCGUCGGAUCCUUCACCUGCCAAUGUCAUGCUGGUUUAAGUGGUGAUGGCUUCAAAUGCCACGUCUGUAAUACUGGCUACACUGUCUAUGGUGGAUACUGCUACAAAACAUCCCCGAUCGGCGGCAACGCUAUAGGAGCGCUGCAAUACUGCGUCGAUGAUGGUGGGAUUGCAGCAGAACCCAAGAGCCAACAAGAGCACGACUACAUUAAGUCAUUUUUGUCCGAAACCACCUGGAUUGGAAUUGCUGACGUCGAUGGUGACGGCACGUAUUUGUACGCCAGCGACGAUACGCCAGUAGGGUUUUCGUCAAUUGCUGAGAACCACGGAAAUGACCGGUGUGUGGCAAUGGACAGCACGCAAGAUUAUAACUGGAUCCUCACUGCCUGCUCUUCUCCAUUCCCAAUUGUUUGUCAACAAGACCAUGACGAGUGCCAGUUGUCCCCGUGUGAUGUCAACGCCGACUGCACGAACACCUAUGGGUCUUACACCUGCGAGUGCCGGCCUGGUUACACCGGUGAUGGAUUCGACUGUUUUGUCCAAACAACACACAUGCCCUUUACCACAAUUCCAACCACGGCAAUAGCAACCACACAGAUCACAACCUUGCCAACUACGGCAAAGGCAACAACGAAAGUUACAACAGCCUUCACCAUCGUGUAUCUGGCAUUCCGGCUGACAAACCUGGACUAUGCUAACGUCACGGCUACACAGAGCAGCAUAGACACCUUCAAAUUGGACUUCGCUACUGAGCUACGUCAGUUGUUCGAAGCAUACAUUGCGGCAGACAGGAUCCUGGCCGUCACUGUCAUCGAUCUGAGGGAAGGAAGUGUGACUCCUGUAGUUGAAGUUGAGGUACACAAGGACGAAGAGGACGCUCUAACGACUCUGGUGAAAAGCUUAGAGGGGACCACAAUUGGAGAUGACUAUGUAAACCAGACCGCCACUGGGCAGAAAGCACUGACGGUAUUGGUAGGCUGCAAUGACACUAUCGUGCACAACUGCCACUCGGAUGCCACAUGUAUUUCGACUUGGGACGAUGAUUGGUACUGUGAGUGCAAAAGUGGCUUCACUGGAAAUGGAACAACUUCUUGUGAAGAUAUACAUGAAUGCGCUCUUGGAACCUACGACUGUCCAGCUGGAACGUUGUGCAGCAAUACUGUCGGCUCAUAUGAAUGUAAAGAAGGAUGUCCUAGUGGGUAUUUCCACAAUGAAUCAACACAGUGCUACAAGAUUCACCAGGAAUCCCGUUCUGCGGUUAUGGCGGCGCUUGUGUGUGAAUCUGACGGAGCGACAUUAGUAAUGCCAAAAUCGCAAGCAGAACACGACUACAUCGUAUAUCUGGCAGACAAGGUCAACGCCGGCCAGUUUUGGAUCGGAAUAACAGAUAAUGGACUGUUAGGAGCCGAGGAAGGGACUUACCAAUACAUCAAUGGCGAUCGACUUGAAGCAUUCGAAAAGUGGUCAGCCACCAAUACCAACACGGGAGCAAAUGACUGCGUUUACUACAAGCUUAAUGGAGCUGAUUUGGAAUGGGAAACAGACAACUGCCUGAGCGAAAGCAGAUUUUACAUUUGUGAACUACCCAUCGAUAGUUGUCGAGUAAACCCGUGGUACGAACACGAAGAGCAGUAUUACAAGGUGUUCUCGACGUUUCCUGCAACGUACGCGGAAGCGACGACCUACUGCGGGAAUCUGGAUGCAACUCUUGCGAUGCCUUUUGAUGCGGGGAUUCAAGACAGCUUGCAACUGAUAACAACUGGGAAUACUUGGAUUGCAUUAGACGAUCAGACGAGUGAGGGUACCUUUGUUUGGGGUAAUGGCUCUAUGCUGGACACCACUGGUUAUACGAAUUGGAAAGCAGACAUCAUCACCAUUAAUGAUGAUGCAAAGGAUUGUGUAAUGAUUGAAGAAGCCACCAACGGUUGGUCUCCAACAGAUUGUACCACUAGAAUGAGCUUCGUAUGUCAAGCAGUAUGUCCGACGGAAUGGCUACUUCACGAAGGAUACAACGUAUGUUACUUCUUCGAGCAACAACAAGACGCGACUUUCAAUGAUGCCAUCGAUAAGUGUGCUUGUUCUGGGGCCAAGUUGUUUCAGCCUGAAAUUGAACCCGCUCACCACUUCGUAGAGGACACUAUGGUUGCUGGAGACAUGGAAACCUCCUGGGUUUACCUUACUGACCGAGAAACUGAAGGUAUAUUUAUUUGGGGCGACGGCGAUGAAUUGGAAGUGCACGAUGAGGACUGGAUGGGAGGCCACCCAGAUGUGACCAACACAGAAGAUAAUGACUGCGUCACUUUUGCAAAGGGUGCAGGGUAUAAACUAAAAGUUCAGAGCUGUGUGGACGUAGAGAAGAGCUAUGCCUGCAUGUUAGGUGAAUAUCAUCUUGAGACGACAACCUUCCUCCCGACAACAAAGCAUGUUACGACGCAUGCUACCACCCUCCCAACAACACAGCAUGUAACGACGCAAGCCACAACUGUAUCAACGACGCAGGACACCACCAUCCCGACAACACAUCAUGCAACGACGCAUGCUACCACCCUCCCAACAACACAGCAUGUAACGACGCAAGCCACAACUGUAUCAACGACGCAGGACACCACCAUCCCGACAACACAUCAUGCAACGACGCAUGCUACCACCCUCCCAACAACACAGCAUGUAACGACGCAAGCCACAACGGUAUCAACGACGCAGGACACCACCAUCCCGACAACACAUCAUGCAACGACGCAUGCUACCACCCUCCCAACAACACAGCAUGUAACGACGCAAGCCACAACGGUAUCAACGACGCAGGACACCACCAUUCCAACAACACAUCAUGCAACGACGCAUGCUACCACCCUCCCAACAACACAGCAUGUAACGACGCAAGCCACAACUGUAUCAACGACGCAAGCCACAACUGUAUCAACGACGCAGGACACCACCAUUCCGACAACACAUCAUGCAACGACGCAUGCUACCACCCUCCCAACAACACAGCAUGUAACGACGCAAGCCACAACUGUAUCAACGACGCAGGACACCACCAUUCCGACAACACAUCAUGCAACGACGCAUGCUACCACCCUCCCAACAACACAGCAUGUAACGACGCAAGCCACAACUGUAUCGACGACGCAGGACACCACCAUUCCAACAACACAUCAUGCAACGACGAAAGUUACCACUAUCCCAACAACAGUGCAUCCGACCACAAAGGUAACCACUGUAUCAACGACGCAGGACACCACCAUUCCACCAACGACGCAAGUUACCACUAUCCCAACAACAGUACAUCCGACCACAAAGGUCACAACUGUAUCAACGACUCAGGACACCACCAUUCCACCAACGACGAAAGUUACCACCUUACCAACAACAGUGCAUCCGACCACAAAGGUCACAACUGUAUCAACGACUCAGGACACCACCAUUCCACCAACGACGAAAGUUACCACCUUACCAACAACAGUGCAUCCGACCACAAAGGUCACAACUGUAUCAACAACUCAGGACACCACCAUUCCACCAACGACGCAAGUUACCACCUUACCAACAACAGUGCAUCCGACCACAAAGGUCACAACUGUAUCAACGACGCAGGACACCACCAUCCCAACAACACAUGCAACGACGAAAGUUACCACCUUCCCGACAACAUUUCUUCCGACCACAAAGGUAACCACUGUAUCAACAACUCAGGACACCACCAUUCCACCAACGACGCAAGUUACCACCUUACCAACAACAGUGCAUCCGACCACAAAGGUCACAACUGUAUCAACGACGCAGGACACCACCAUCCCAACAACACAUGCAACGACGAAAGUUACCACCUUCCCGACAACAUUUCUUCCGACCACAAAGGUAACCACUGUAUCAACAACUCAGGACACCACCAUUCCACCAACGACGCAAGUUACCACCUUACCAACAACAGUGCAUCCGACCACAAAGGUAACCACUGUAUCAACAACUCAGGACACCACCAUUCCACCAACGACGAAAGUUACCACCUUACCAACAACAGUGCAUCCGACCACAAAGGUAACCACUGUAUCAACAACUCAGGACACCACCAUUCCACCAACGACGCAAGUUACCACCUUACCAACAACAGUGCAUCCGACCACAAAGGUAACCACUGUAUCAACGACGCAGGACACCACCAUUCCACCAACGACGAAAGUUACCACUAUCCCAACAACAGUGCAUCCGACCACAAAGGUAACCACUGUAUCAACAACUCAGGACACCACCAUUCCACCAACGACGCAAGUUACCACCUUACCAACAACAGUGCAUCCGACCACAAAGGUAACCACUGUAUCAACAACUCAGGACACCACCAUUCCACCAACGACGCAAUUGUUGGAUGUGUGGUUCGGUCGGUAG